UUCAUGUGAAGAGUUCUUUCAGUGUGUAAACAAAACAUAUUUCAGGUACUCCUGAAAUUAAAGAAGCGAACAAAACGCCCACUUUCUGCAUUCCAAAUUCACUGGAAAGGUGUUAAAUUGAAGCAUAUUCCCACAAAUCAUGGACGCGACAGCCGUAGCUACUCUGCUUGAAAUCCCCAGCAAUGAUCCAACUUCAUACUGUCGUUUGUGCUUAUCUGGAGCACUGGUGGAACCAUUGUACCUGAAUGAGCCAAGACCAAAUGUAAUCGAUUUGAUAGCAAAGAAUGUUCAAGUUCUGCUAGCAGAUGAACAAGAUUUUCCAUGUGCUGUUUGCCAAAACUGUCGCUUUAAACUUGAAGAUUUCGAGCGUUUCCGAGAUCAGUGUCAAAAAUUGGAUCAAUUCGUUCGAACCAGACGUAGGGAAUUGGCGAUAUUACAAGAAGCUAUAUCCGCACAACAGUUAGAAGCCGCAAAUAGCCUAGUUGCUGCUGAAGAAAUAGCCAUCAAAGCUGACCCAGAAGCGCUACUGGGAGACGAUGAUAGCCUCCCAUAUGUGCUUACAGAUGAUAGUUGGCAUCGAUGUAAAUUCUGCUCAGAAGCAUUCCAGAGUUUGUCCGUACUAUUGGAGCAUUUUCGUAUGAGACAUCCAGAUGAGUCUAAGCUGUACAAAUGCCCGCAUUGCGCGCAGUCGUAUGCUGCUAUUGAAGCGGCAAAUACCACUUGUAACCCAGCGUAUAAAUGUGAUUCAUGUGAUGCAGGUUUCAGCCAUCGUGUUGGGUUGGCUAGACAUAAGGAACGGUAUCAUGACAAGACAUCACCGAAUUACACAACCGAGCGCUUCAAAUGUGAUCACUGUCCUAUGUUAUUCGUCGAUAUGAAGCACCGAUCACGUCAUCAACUGCAAACACAUAUGGGUUGUCCAACGAGUGGUUCUUCAAAGUCAUCAGCCCAAGUGGACGGCAUUCACGUGUGCGAGAAAUGCGCUGUAACGUUUUCUCCCUACCAAGCCCUACUGGUUCACAUUCAGGAGCAUCACUGGAACGACCCACCGGAGGAUACCUUCAGCUGCUCAGUCUGCUCGAAGUCAUUCGACAAGCGACGUUUGCUACAGUACCACAUAUUGGUCGCUCAUCUUGGGCAAAUUCCGUAUGCGUGCAAUCAUUGUGGCGAAUGGUUUCGCACUAAAUCACAUCUGAAACAACAUAAGACCAUGUUCCAUGAGCGACCGAUCGCUGGCCCAGGAGAUGCGAGCCGAUGUGAAUAUUGCGGUCAAACCAUGGAAGAAAAUGAUGAAAUGAAAGAUAAUGUACAGUAGAUGUUAAUAUUCUGUAAUUGAUGUUCUCAUGUAUACCUGAAUAAAAUCUUCAGUGCUGAUCUUGUGGAA